AUGAGCAGCGGCUUUGCUAUGCUGGGGCGGGGGGAGGAUGAAGAUGAUUAUGUGCCAGCUGAUGUGAGAUGGACUGAUGAUGUGUCACUAAUCAUUAGUGAUUAUGCUGUUAGAUUGGAACCAUUUGGAAGUGGACUUGGAGGAGACUUUGAAGAUUGUUGUGUCUUUGAGGUGGCUGAUAGAACUACUAAUCUAGAAGUCUCCGAUCGGAUCGCUAAACAUAUUGCAAGGAGAACAAUGAGUGGGAAAAAGCUUUCCGAUUUGAUGAGUUAG